UUCUGCCGUUAUGGUCCGGCGGGGUGAACGUGUAAUAAAAUAAUUAAGGGGGUUUGCUUAGCUUAAUGACUACAAGAUGGUUGACUUUUUGAGAUUGUACCAAAGCACUACUAUUGAUAAAUUCUUUUUAAGGGAAUAUUAACGAAGCAAUUGAUGGUCGAAAGUGCAGGUGGCAAUAGCAUAAGAUAUAGUGGUGGAAUAAAGAAGUUUGAAGUGUUACAAACUAAAAUAAUAUGUACAAUUUUUAUUGUGCUUUUAAGUGAACCACCACUUUUGUUUUUUUUUAAUCAAUUUUUGUCAUCUUAUGUCCUAUUAUCUCUGUAACCACGAUACAUUUCGUGCUACUAUGAUACUAUCAAAUAGAUAUUAUCACCUCUUAAAGCAAUGCAUUGUUUACCAAAAAAAAAAAAGCAAUGCAUUGUUUGUAAAUUAUUUUGUGAGAAGUCAAUUUAAAUUACCACAAGUCGGAUAAAUUAACCAAUUUUGGGGAUAAGUGGUUAUGUCAUUGCUAAUUUGAUGUCUUAGAUUAGUGAGGUUUAUAUACAUAUGGACAUUUUUUGUAUUUACAUUUAAGAUAUGUAGAACAGAAGCUCUACAUAUUUUCCAAAAUGACUAAAAUCAAUACACACGAGAUCAAAGUUUUGAAGUUAUCCUUAGCUAGCAAGUCAACUUCAACAUGGCUUAUUGUAGAACAAAAAAGCUUGAUGUGGUCUUAACCAUAGUUAGUAAACGCAAUUACACAAUGAUAAUGUUGUAUGUGUGAUUAGAUUAUAUUAAAAUGAUUGGUGACACACUUGCAUCAUCCAUAAUGCUCAUAUCCCAUGUUGUGAUCACGUCGCCCGCCAACUGUUUAAUUGUGUUCAUUUUAAUGGAAGUAGUCUGGAUAUUGAUAUAUAUAUGUAUAUCUGCUCAAAUUGGUGUGGAAAAUUAGGGGAGAUCUGUAUAUCAUAUAAUGCAAUGACUUGGACGACGGGCCGCAUUUAUUUUAUACUUAUUUUGGAUAAUAUGAGGUCAUUCAAAUUAAAAAAACUCGCGCGCUCUUUCAUUCAGGACGAUUUCAACUUAGAAAUAAGUCCUCAAAACAUUUUUAAAAAUAUUGAAAAUUCUUGUAUGUAUCUGAUCACCGAUCAUAUACAUUUCAAUAAAACUCAAUCAAACAUAUUAAAUUGCUAACUGUCUGAUCAGAUAACGUACAUAAAUUUCUCCAUAAAUUAGGUUUUUAAUAGUGUUAAUAUUUUUUUUUUUGCUAUAGCUAAUCUUUGUCUUCCUUUAUGCUUUAUAUUAGUUAUUAUGAUUACCAGUCAAAAUUUCUUCCAUUUGCUCUGCCUUGUUUGGCUCGUUUUACAUAACUAAUGGCAGUUGUUCUGUUUAUUCAGUCUUUAUCUGUUUGUUCUGUAUGCUACAUUCAAAAAAAAAAACUUUGAUCAUUGUUAUCAUUGUUACCGAAGAUGAUAACUAUAAUUCGAUUUGAUGGCUUUAGGCCUUUGUGAAACAGAAAAGGCUCAUUUACUUAAGAAAAUCUGUAAAUUCAAAUAAGCCCAACAAAUUGAUGUAGGCCUUAGUUACCCCCUUAACAUUCCAUAUAUUCUCUUUUUCUUUUUUUUUUUAGGACAGAUCAACAAAAACAAAUCUGAAUAAAACAACGAAUGAUGUAUUUUAAUCGAGUUGAUUUUUUCUUGUAUCUUAGUUCCGUUUUUUUACAACUCUUGUUUGAAAGUCAAAAUAUAAUUUUCAAAGAAAAUUUUAAAUUUAUUGUAAACAUAUGCUGGAAUUAGAAAACCACUCAAGAGGACCAUAUUAUAAAUGAAACUAUGAUAAAUGUCAUCCUCAAAAAAAAAACAAUGAUAAAUGUGGUCAUGUAAUAUAUUCAACUUAGUAAUAUAAUAAUAGAUUCUACAGCUGUAAAAAUUUAUAAAGAUAAAUAAAUUGAAAAAUGAAACUAAUUAAGAAAACAUAAUAUUAUAAUAGAUUUCGCUAUAAUCUCUCUUAAACACCAAAGACGUCGUUUCGAAAACAUAAGAAAAUCCCCAAAUCGUUAUAGCCCCAAAUCAAAAUCUCUAAUUCUCAGAAAAUCAAAAACACACUCUCUUCACAACUUUGUCUCAAUUUUGUGAUGAAUUCAUCUCAAGAAAUACAAUUUGGAGGAGAAAAUCGUGGGUUUCCAGCGAAGUGUAAGUGUGGUUCCAAACGAUCCCCUUGUUUCUUAUCAUUUACAGAUUUGAAGAAAAAGUGUUUGAUUUUGAUUUGAUUCUAAUUUUAUGAGAAUAAGGGAUUUCGAUUUGGGGAUAUAGGGAUUUGAGUAGUUUUCUUAUGUUUUCGAAACAACAUCGUUUGGUGAUUAUAAUAGAGAUUAAUCCCACCUGAUCGAUUUGUUAAUCGAACUAAGGAUGUAUUAAAAUUGGCUUAGUCAAAAUUAAUUGAAAUUUUAAGUAGUUUAUCAAGAUAAUUUAAACUUUAAAUGGUCCACGAAAAAUUUCAUGUUUUUUAAACUAAAUUUGAAAUUUCGUGAUUCAAUGACUGUUUUUUCAUUUGUUUAUUUUACUUGAUUUAUCAUUUAUUAACAUUUACUUACGUGAAUCAACAGUUAUGAAUAAAGGUUUUAUUAUUCUUUGGAACAAUCCACUUGAAGAUUAACUGAUUUUAAUCGUGGCUCGACUUUGUUUCGCUCCAGUUGUGCAUUUUACAUUAUUUAUAAACCCCUAUAUGAUAAUUUAUUGAGCCUAAGUUAAUGAUCUGGAAUUUACGUCCUCACAAGUACACAUAUACACACUCUUUAAUACUAAUAAAUACUAAUAUAAAUAAUUAAUCUAUUAUAUAGGGUUAUUGGAUGCUGUUCAGCUAUGGACAUCCAGCCCUACAAAUAUAUUUGCAUAUUUACAUAUGCACAAUUUCUUUUUCUUUUUCUUUUAUUUCUCCUACAAUAUACAACUUCGAUAUACAAGAUAUAUAUAUACAUAUAUAAUGAGUGUAUAUAGCGUUGAAGGUCUAGCUAUUUGAAUAGGAAAUAUAAAUCCAAUUAUGCACUACUUAACCCAAUCUUGUACUUUGCUUCUAUAUAUGAGGAGGCACGUAAAAUCUAUCCCACGCAUUUUUCAGUGAGGAAUUUAAGCUAUUUAUGAAAAUAACAUCUUUUUUUAAUGAAAAAUAACUUGUCAUCUCUUGAUCAAUUAUUUCUUUGGAUCCAUUAUGCCUAUAUUUUUGUUAACUGGUGAUAACUAACAUGGUACUAACUGGUUUAUACUCCUUCCGUUUCUGAAUAAGCUUCAUUUUGACAUUUUUUACACAGACUAAGAAAGUAGCAAAAAUAUAUGUAAGUUGUUAUUAAUUACAUCUUUCUGACCAAUAAUAUUUGAGAUAAAUAAAAUUAUUUAUAAAACCAAUAUAGUUUACAAUUAAUUUUCAGUUGAAAGUAAGUAUAAUUUGCAUUAGAAUUGUAAAAUGACAUUUUUUAUGUAACAAAAAAAAAUUAAAAUAACACUUAUUAUAAAACAGAUGGAAUAUUAAAUUAUAAACAUUUUGGUUUGCACAUAACUACUUAAUUAGGUUGAACUUGUAUGAGAGGGGUCAAAUGGUUUAAUAAGCAAAUUAAAUACUUGCCAAAAAUUUGGUUUACACUUUACACUUAUAACUUUUUUGUUAGUAUUUUACUCCAUUUGUUUCGUAUUAAAUGUCAAUUUAGCAUUUUUUUGUUACAAAAAGAGUGUCAUUUUAGAAAUUUCAUACAACUUUCAGCUUAAAAUUAAUUACAAAUGCAUUGAUUUUAUAAAUAGUUUCAUUUAUCUCAAAUAUUAAUGGUUGAAUAUGAGUAAUUAAUAAAAACUUUAAUACAUUUCAAUCAUUUUCUUAAUCUGUGUGAAAAUGUCAAAGUGACAUUUUUUUAUGAAAUGGAGGAAGUAAUAUGUUUAAAGUAUACCAUUAUUUGUUAUUUAAAAACUGAAAAUGUAAAUAAAUUUAAUGAAUAUAUUUUAUGAUGAAAAUUAUGGAAUUUAUUUUCGAAAUAGAAAAAGUGAUAUGCCAUUUGUUAGAUUAUCAUAUCAUUUUGGGAGGGUGUUAAUAUCUGGCCAAUCAGAACAGUGUUGAUCAAUUAGGUCAAAUACUGAGGGGAGGGGAAAUGGUAGAGAGUGACGUGGCAGAAUGGUUGGAAGCGAAUCUUGAAGUCACCAUGUCACUCCAACUGCAUACUUUCAACAUUUCCCAGAAUUUUAGGUACCAACAUCCCCGGUUUUCUCGGGGCACUCAAUUGGUUACAUUACAAUUAUUUUUAUAAUUGGUUUUAAAAUGAUUAUAUUUUCUAUCGCAUUAGAAAAGAGAUGAAACGUUAAAUAAUUAUGUUCAGAAUAAAAUUUACUUGAAAUGGUAUUACAUGAUCAUUGCGUAUACACAAGCCCAUCAGGCCAUCACUAGUAUAUGCGAUCUUUUAUACAGGAGAACCGGCACGAAUAUCAUUGUUAUUCUAACUAUUGAAUUGGUUUUGUUUGCUAUUAGUAUGAAUGGAGCAUGUUUUGUAACUAGAAAAUGUCUUCUUAUAGAAGCUGUUAUUUUAAAAUUCACAAAAAUCUAUAGUAAAAUCAAAUACAGUACAUGGCAAAUACUAACAAAAGAUAUAUCCCUUUUUUUUUACACUACAAAAUAUUUAUCCAAAUUCACUAAAAUCUAAGUAAAAUAAAAUUCAUUAGUAAAUUCAUAUAACUUAAUAACAGAUGAUUUUAAUAUAUAAUUUAAAAUUAUAACACAUAAAAUCAUGAAGCGAACCGGUUCUAGCAACUUCUUACACAAUCCAAAAAUAUUAUGAUAAAGUAUCACCAUCAAUAUUGAAUUGGUUAAGAAUUUUAAAAUCUUUUUGGGGUAUAAAUUAAUUAUGACAUUUUAUACUUUAAUUAUAUUUUCAAACCUUAAUUAAUUACAAUAUAAUAUAUAUGUUUUUAUUUAUCUAAAUACAGAAAUUCAAAAGACACACAAUGUCAAAAAAAAAAUCAAAAGACACGCACGCAUAUACGCCAGAUAUGAUCUUCGUGGUCGUGAGGAAUGCAAGGUAGGACCGAAGAUCUAUAUCUAUCGCACCCUAUGUUAAUUGUUGUUAUUAGCAAACUUAAUUAAUUAAUAAUAUGAAAAUCUGAUGAGGAAUUAUCUGGACAAGUAGACAAUAUAUCUCAUGUAAGAAUUUAAGACAGCGGAACUUACGGUGCACCACAUGCUAAUGUCUAUCUAUUUUCUAUUUUUAAGCUAAUGUCCAAUUACCACUUAAGGGAUUUUAUUUUAAACUUAUUAGGCUAAGUUUAUUCUAUUAGUUGUAAAUCAUUCUUUAGUAUCACCUCUAAAAAUGAUUUAUUUUUUUUGAUCAACCAGUACUUAAAUUAAGAUAAAUGGAAGAGUUCAAAGAGAGAUUAGCCCAAAACGUGAUCCAAAUUACAAUAAGAGAAUCUGAGUUCUGUCUUAGCCAAAGCAACGGCUUCUUCAUUCUGUAAUCUAUGAAUGAAACUAAAAGAUAGAUAAACAAAAAAUGAAGAUAUUUGUUUGAUGUCCGUAAGAACAUCAUAUUUUUCCUUGAUCGAUUGUUUGUGGUUGAUUGCGGUAAUAAGCGUUUUACUGUUGGAGUUGAUGCUGAGCUUUGUGAACCCAAACAAAGCUGCCAUGAGGAAGGAUGAUUGAAUUGCUAGAGCUUCUGCCAUCAGAGGGGACACUACAUUGUUAUGAGUCUCGGAAUCUUAUUGAUUGCUUGUCAGGGAGGGUCUUCUGAAGAUCCAUGCUAGUCCAGCCCUAUUCAAAGUUUUGUCCCAAGCUGCGUCUGUGCAGCAAGUAAUAUGAUCUCUAGUUUGUGUUGUUUGUUGGUGAUGAUGGUUUUAUCGUCCUUUUCAUUGUGUAGGUGUGACGUGCUUGAUUCCACUCUUUUGCCGCUAAGAUACCUCUAAGUGUUGUUUCAUCUGAAAGGGAUCCUGCUUGUUCGAAUAUCAGUCGAUUCUACACUGUCCAAAUGGACAAACAUAUAUAAGGGAGGAUGUUUCUCGUGAUUCAAGCGGGAGGAAGACAAAACAUUGCUCUGGAUCUUACUAGAAAUUUCCUCGUCUGUGAUAGAAGCUAUGUGAGUUGUGUUUAGGAUGGGUACUUGAUUCCAAACUUGUAUUGCAAACGGACAGGAGAAGAGCAUAUGUUCGGUUGAUUCAUAUUCUCCAGAGCGCGGGCAUCCAACAUCAGCAAUACUACGUCUGUGGAGGUUCUCUCCCACAGGUUCCAAUCUUGAGGGAGAUCCAGGCGUAUGAAUCUUCAAUAUUCAGCAAACUUGGCUUCAGACAUUGAAUCCUCUCUGCCAUAUCAGGUAGGAUUUCAUGCGUUCUCUAAUUGUUCCACUUAAGCUUUGAUGUUAAGAGAUCUGAUACUUUGAGAUGGAGGCCUGCUUCAGGGAUAGGUCCAAACGGUUUAGUUGGCGUAUUUAGGUAGAUCCAUGAAUCUUGCCAUAUCCUUGUGUUUUGUCUAUUGCCUAUAACAUUUCCUAGAUUGCUCUUCAAUAUAUCUCUUCCAACUAGGAUACGAAACCAACCAUGAGAGCAAUUAAAUGGGGUUUGGACCUCUAGGAAGUGUUUACUGUGACAGUAUUUUCCUUUAAGCACUCAGGCUAGGAGGCAGUCUGGUGCUAUUAAGAUUCUCCAAGCAAUUUUUGCUAGAAGAGCUUGGUUGAAAGCUUGAAUUUUUCUGAAUCCGAGUCCCACUUCAUCCUAAGAGUUUACUAGGCAAUUCCAUGAGAUCCAUCACAGUUCCCUGUUAAAAUGGUUCGAGUUACGGAAAGCAAGAGUUGCAGUUGGAGCGUGAUACUAAUACAACAAUUUUGAACUAAAAUGUUAAAAAUGUGUUAGUGUUUUAAUAUUUAAUCAGAUGUAUACAUCUAUAAACCUUGGAAACGAAUUGAUUUGGUCCACUAUAUCAGUAGAUUGGAUUUGUUUUCAUUUUUAACAAUGUUCUUGACACUAUAUAUAAGGUUAAGCUUAUUUGAAUUAUAAAAGUAUUCUAUAGUUUUUCUUUUUAGUGCUCUAUAGUAUGUGACUCAAAACCAGUGAACAUGAACUAAUAAUAGAGAAGAAAUAUGAGAGACUACUGACAACAACAGUAGUAAGCAAAUCAUGAAUUCUUCACUAAGGCGAAAAGAGUUGUCACAAUACGACCGAGUUGUGGGCAGAACAGAGCAUCACGGUCCACAUAAUCAUUUCAUUUACUAAACACAUGUUAAACAAUCACAUUUUUCUUUACCGAAAUGAAAUUACAAAUACAGAGUUUAUGUUCUACAUAUUAAAUCAUUUCUAAAUAAAUAGAACUGAGAUGAGAACUAUAGAAGAGUGUGUGUCUGAAUACAAACGACAACCAAUAACCUGCAACGUGUUGCGCCACAGUAAAACUACUGUAUUCUCAGUUUCCUUGAUUUUCUGUAUAGAAAAUAAAUAACACGUCUAGUUCCAAAAUGAAAAUACACGUUGGAUUUUGCUAAUUACUAAAUUUGCAGGUUGUAGGGAAAAGUUGAGUCUUGAGCUUUCUAUUUAUUUUACAUUUUAUUAGUAUUAAAUUUAUACUUUUAGAUAUUUCCGAAUAUAAGUUUUACAUAAAAACUUGAAAGAUACUUUUAAAGAACUAAUAUAAAACGAGAUUUUGUGAAAUGGAAAGAAUAUAAGAUAAAUUUUUUUUGUCAGCAUAAGAUAAUUUAAUAUAUAAAUAAAAAAACGGUUGGUUUAAAUAAAGAAAAUUGCAUCCUAUAUACAACAAAAAGAAAAAAAAAAACAUAAAGACACUAACUAACUACAACUAUUCUUUUUCUAUUACUUUCUCUUCUUAUCUUUCUCUACUCUUUUUUUUUCAAAAUCUAAUUUUCUAUUUUUUUGGUUAUUUGGCAAAUAAACCCUUUAAAUAAUGCAACUAAUUUAGUAUAUAGAGUAAGAAUUCUUGACAUCAAUAAAGCAACCUAUACUAAUUAAGCUAUACGUAGACAAGAAAAUAUUACUAAACCAAAGAUCCCGGAAAUACAUUGAACAAUCAAGAAAAUCCUGUAACAUCUAAAUAUGAAAUUGACUCAUACCAUAUAUUAAAAAUAUCCUCAAAUGGAGAAGCAUCAACAGCGAUUAUCUAAUCAAAUAAUAAAGGAAGAGAAUAUUGGGUUAAUAUGUAUAUUAUAUUACAUCUUUUUUUUGUCGACUAUUAUAUUACCUCUAAAUUUGAGCACUCUAGAUAGGUACAGUAAAAUAAUUUGAUUUAGAACAAAAAAAAUAAUAUGGCUAGUCUGUAUGCAUAUGUACACUAAUACAGUCAAUAGCCAGUUAGUCACACAAAGUUUGCAGAGAAAUUUUACAAUAACCUAACUAUACAUAAAAUCUGUUCGCAGAGUAAUACGAAGCAUCUAUCGUCAUUAACAAAAAAUGGAGUCUGAAACAUCUAUUUUAACAUAUUGAAAUUACUUUCUUUUACUAACUCGAAAGUAUCUCAGAUUUAUGAAAAAACCCAAACUUAUCUUAAAAAAAAAAUGUAGCUUACAAAUAAACUAUUUUUUCGAAUAUUCAAAUGAAGUCUAAAGAAUAACCUUAUAUCCAUGUGUUCAUAAAUUGAAAGUGUAAGAACUUUAUAUAUAUAUAUAUAUAUAUAUAUAUGUUAUUUAAUUACUCACUAAAUUUUUGUUUGUUUGCGAUUCUAUGACUAUUUAGUUUCGUUCUGCUGAGUAUUAUAUACAUAAAAUGCACAUAUGCAUAUAAUUAAUCAGAUUGAUUUUGAUAAUUGAUAGGGGGAAUGAUUCGGAGGAUGACAUGAGAAAACAAGCCCAUUGGAAAAUUAUAAGCUAUGUUCUUGGGAAAAUACCUGAGAGACAAAAAAAGAGAAGCUUGUGAAGUCACAUGGACUCUUCUGGACGUAUGCUCUAGCUUUUCCUCUUAUUUUAUUUUACCUUUUUCCUCAAAUGAACUUAACUUUAAAAGUCUACAGCAAAAAAAACUCUUAUAUGAUGAAUAAAAAAUACUAAAUACUAUUUGUUUGAUAAAGAAAAUAUAAGUGAUUUAUUAUAAGCAGAUUGGAAUGAUUGAUCGAAACAGAUUUUAGGUGUUUAAGAUGAUAAUUUAACCAAUUAAAUAUUUAGAUAAUUAGUUGUUUUGAUGAUAUAUGAAUAGCAUUAGGUACACGGAUUCAAAGACGACAAGAUUACUACAGCUUAAAUUUUAUAUCAAGUGCAUCCAAGAAGAUUCUUUGUAUCAUCAUGAAAUUUGGUCCUGAAGUUUUACGUUCACAUCAGAUUACUUUGGGGGCCAAGCUGGUUUAGAUUUGUCCGACCAGUUUGAUUACAAAACGCAGCCCUAGCUAGUCACAUAUCUAUCUUAUUCUUCAAAUUUAAUUUAUAUUAAAAAUGAAUUAUAACUAGUAUUAUAUAUUCCCAGUGAUUAAUAAGAAAAAUCAAAAGAUGCCAUCUAAUUUUAAAUAGAUAGUUUUUUGCUUUCGAUAAUGAAGAUUUUUUAAAUACAUAACUUGAGCUAGUCAUUUUCUUACACGCCAAGUGAUAUCCCGAAUAUGUAUAUAUCAUCAUGAAACAAAUUUGUUAAACCUGACAUUAAGCGUAUCGACCGGCGAAAUAAAUCUUAUUUCUGAUAUCUACUUUAUUAUCUAAUAUACAGUAGAAUUUACGAUUUUGUAAGUUUAACCAAAUACUAUGCAAUUUAUUUUUAUAAGUAUGGAGAAAAAAUAUGUUGUUCAAGUUAUAUCUAGCAGGAGUGUUAGAGGAUGAUUAAUGGAGAGUUCUUAGGGUAGGAUUCUUAUCGGAAUAUAAGAAACUGUCUCUUAAUUUUUAACUAAAAGAGCUAAAAACCGGCUCUUAAAUAAGAUAUUUAAGAACUAGUUCUUUUUUAGUUAAAAGUUAAGAAAUAAUUUUUAUAUUCCGUUAAGAAUUUCAUCUUAAAAUUCUCCAUUAAUCAUGCUCUUAAUAAAUAAUCCGAUGACUUAAAUCCUGCAAAUAAAAGCUUCUAUAUGGUCUUGUAGACCGGUAUACUAUCACAGGUGCCAAGUUGUAAGGCUAUAUAUAUAUAUAUCCAUUUAUGUUUCUAAUUAGUAAUUUAGGCUGAUUAGUGGAUUUAAUUCGCGGAGUUGGAGGGUAAUGUAAAGUUUUCUGGUAGGACUAAAGACCAACAAAUUGGUAUAAAAUGUGAAAAACUCAAAAUUAAUUGACGAUAUAAUUACCAAAGUCCAAAGUACAUAGUAACAUAAAUUCUUAAAUAAAAUAGUGAGAAAACAAACAUAUGCUUAAAAUAUUUAGAAAUGAUAGAAAAGCAUAUACAUAAACACAUAAUAAAUACUAGAAUGCUUAAACUUAUUUGUCCAAAUGAUUGAUUUACCGUUUAUCAACAAACUACCCACUAACAUCAACAAUACUAACGAACUGAUGUUUGCUAUUAAUGAGGUUCUACCAUAUUUUGAAUUUUCAAGUUCUUUUUCACUACAAAUCUAUUGAUUUUGAAACAUAAUCCUAAAGCAUUCUUCUUGUAAUAAGUAGCAUUCCACAACUCUGUAAAAUUGAAAACUGGUUAUAAAUCUUAACAUUUUGACCACAAAAAAAUGUGUUAAACAUUUUACCCAAAAAAAAAAAUGUGUUAAACAAGUUCAAACUUUAAAGUAGCAAGAAGAAAGCUUAAAGAAUUGUUGGACAAGGUAUACAAUUGCUAGAUCUUAUUGUAAGGCAAGGGAUGACUGCAGUUUGAAACAAACAUCUAAAAAGUUCUUCUAAUUUGUGUGCAUCAGUAUAUGUAUAUUGAAAGAGGAUAUUAUGUUUUUAUGGCCUUCUCUGCAAUAUUUGUUUUAAUUACCUUUUCAUUACUUAAAAAUCCGAUUACAGCUCUGUUCUCAGACAGAUCAGUUAGUGCUGACAACUAACUGUACAAAAAAGCCGGAAAGGUUACAAAGGCUACUUUAGGGAUUAUAAAAACUGCCCUCAAAAAACGAUUUAGCCAAGAGCCCAUCAUCAAUAAGCUGAGUACAGGAGAUUCAACCACUAUUAUGCCACCACGAGUUUUUUUGCAGAGAUAAUCAAUUAUCAUACCAAUCAAGAAUUAGUCAUUGAUUUUUCAUUGGCAAUAAUUUUUCAAGUUUCUGCCAUCACCAUUUGUAUAUAUAUUUUAGUCUAGUAUCAAUUUAAUAGAUUUCACCUCCUGAUGGUCGAUACUCGAUAUGAAAAGACAUAAAAGUUUAGUUACGGUUACUAUAUAUAUAUGCAUCUUCUCUUACUCGCACUUUUGCACCUUACUCUUUUUUUUUUGAGCAAAAGUGCACCUUACUCACACAACAUUAAAAAUCACUUCUCACUGCUUCACCUAGAUUAUUUAUUGAUAAAUCAUGUUUAUUCUAAAAUUACAUAGGACUAAAAGAAUUAUCUGCUAAUGGCGUUUAGGGAUAACUGAAACAACUAACAUCGUAAGGACAUUUUUAAUCUAAUUAUUAUAUAUAAAUAUCGUUGUAUGCAAAAGUUAUUUCCAUAUUGAUAUUAUUACAAUUUCUGUCAAGUUUCAUUCCAAUUUAAAACUAAUAUACGGUAAAUAUAGUGACUCAAGUUCUCAUGUCCUAUUGAAACAUCAAAUGUGAAAGUUUAUACCCUUACACACUGAUUAAGGCACAUAGCCUAUUAAUCUCUACAUAAUCCUAAAAUACAUGAUCCCUCGAAAUAAUGAUUCUUCUAGCCAUUUAUCGCGUAGACCAUCAUUUUGGGUAGGAGGGCACAAGCCACUUUUUGGGCCAAAUUAUAAGAGCGUGUAUGAUCGAUUCUAAACCUUUUUCGUAACCAGGUUUAGUAGGCUCUGAUAUCCUGUCAAAUUUUAUAAAUUUUCAAUUUUAAACCAGCUGACAGUAAGUGGAUUGAUCCUAACAUUUUAUAUAUUAAUUAAGAUCUCUUUAAAUUCUUGAUGUGAGAUACUUGUCUCUAAUAUUCCUCCUCCAAAUAAUGGCUCUUAUCGACUAUAAAUCUCAGAAUUUUAAGAGAUAUAUAUAUAUAUAUAUAUAUAUAUAUAUAUAUAUAUAUAUAUAUAUAUAUAUAUAUAUAUUUGGUCGAGCGAGUUUAAUACGAUAGUUAUACUCAAUUGGAAGGGUUAAGUAUGACCUUUAUACCCGGCCAGAAAGAUUAUAUUAGUAGGGGUUUAGGGUAUUUAAGAUUUGGACUCUGAUAGUUUGUCAGAUUCAAGUUUAUUAUAAAUUUUCAAUUAAAAAUCAAUUGGUAAUAAAUAAAUUGACCCUAGCUCUUUGUAUAUCACUUAGAGUUCCAUUAAAUUCAGUUUAUCUUUUUUGUAAAUUUUUUAAUCUAUAUUCGUAUUGGAUUUUUGGAGCUUUUUUGGGGUCAGCUGUUGAGAGCUUCAAAAUAAUAUACUAAUAGUUACCAUAUAGUCUCACAGAGGUACUCUGCAUCGACCAACCGCAUGCAAGAGUCCCCAAAAUAAACAAACCUUUUUGUUUGAUUUUCGUACUUCCUCUUUCACUCUCCUAUCUAUCUUCCUCCGUGCCGGUGAGUUCUUAAUAUCAAUAUAAAAAAGAAUCUUAUAUAACUAAUAACAAGCUUAGUUUCUUUUUGUGGGUCUUAACCCUUUUGCCUUUAUUUCCCCCUCAAGACAAAAAGGAGAGCGACAAACAAUUUCUGUCUUAAUUUUGUUCCUUUCCUUCUUUCUCCCUCUCUUGAUUUAUCAAUCCGUUCUUUCCAUAUAAUUGAAUUUUUUUAACAAUCUCGAGCUGAAAAAUGCCUUUAGGCGCUGUCGUAUACCCGCAAGAUACAUCCGGAUACCUCUCUAAUUGCAAAGAUUUCAUGUUUUACGACUUGUCCUAUCGAGAAGAGGUAGUAGCUCAAGACACGAAGAACAACAUUGAUACGUUAGGCCAAGAACAAAGCUUUGUGGAAAAAAAUGAGGAAGAACGUCAAUGGCGAGACUAUCAUCAUAAGUACCCUUUAAUUCCGUUGUUGGAUGAAAAGCUUGAUCUUCCCGCCACUGAUAUGGAAAAGCAUCCUCCUAUACAACCGAGGAGGAAGAGAAGAAGAACGAGGAGCAACAAGAACAAGGAAGAGAUCGAGAACCAGAGAAUGACUCACAUAGCCGUCGAGAGAAAUCGCCGGAAACAGAUGAAUGAGUACCUCGCCGUACUCCGUUCUCUAAUGCCGUCGUCAUAUGCUCAAAGGGGAGAUCAAGCGUCGAUAGUAGGAGGAGCCAUUAACUACGUAAAGGAGUUAGAGCACAUCUUACAAUCUAUGGAGCCUAGGAGAACCACGACGACGACCCAUGAAGUUGACACAAGCACUAGCUCAUUGAUGAGCCCCUUCUCAGAAUUCUUCACUUACCCUCAAUACUCGACAAAAUCAUCAUCAUCAGCAACGGAAAACUCAUCUUCACCGGCAGAGAUAGAAGUGACGGUGGCGGAAGGCCACGCGAACAUCAAGAUAAUGUCGAAGAAGAAGCCGAGGCAGCUUCUUAAGCUCGUAGAUUCGAUACAGAGCCUAAGGCUAACUCUUCUUCAUCUCAAUGUCACCACUCUCGACGACUCGAUUCUCUACUCCAUCAGCGUCAAGGUCGAAGAAGAGAGCCAACUGAAUACCGUAGACGACAUUGCAACAGCUUUGAAUCAAAUCAUAAGGAGAAUUCAAGAAGAGUAAUAAUUUAAUAUUAAUUUACUUAGUAUUUAAUGUUCCCUGUUCCUUAUAUUUAUCUCGAAUAACUGAACCACAGUCUACAGAUUCAUCUUGUAUAUGUAGUUUUACUGCUUCUCUUUAUUUUAUGCAAGUGUCAUUUGUUUCCUGUAAUGAAUCAGUUGUCGUUGGCCUCUAUUAUAUGCCAUAUAUAUACACACAUAUAUAUAAUUAUCUAAGAAAGGUUGAUAAUUUCAUUACAUGGGUUACGUCGAUAGGUUGGUAAUAUUGGCUAUUGGGCGUACGCGUGGCUUAUGUUCUUCUCCAUGUUCUUUAAGUGACAUUUUGAUUAAAACAAUAAUGAAUAUAUGGAUCUCUUUAUUCAAAAAGGUUUUCAUCUUUUAUUGGACCUUUGAAAUUGUGCGAGUACAACUUUAACCCUUUAAUCAAUUUUAUAAAACAUUCUCUUGUGGUAGUGGACAAGUAAUACAUCUUUAUAGAAAAUCACAUAGCCGACUUAACAUGCAUAAACUAUUCACCUCGAGGUGUGAACCAUAUUAAUGGACAAUUCUAUAUAAUACAAACCCAUUCAACCUUAUAAUUGUUAUGCGAUAAUUAUCUAAGUUAAACAACGCGCUAAAUAAAACUAAAAUUUGCGUCUUACAAAAUAUAAAGUCCAACCAAUAUUUUUGUUCGAGAGAUAGCGUCAAAAAGAAAAGAAACUUAUUUUGUACAGUAUACAGUAAUCAUAAUAGCAAAUCAUGUUUUGGGGGUUUUAUGGUUAAACUGGGACACAAAAUCAGUGGUACGUGGGAUUCAUGGAAGAAGAGAGACUAUGAUCAUUGUCUUAUCAUGAAGAAGACCCAUCUAUCGAAGGACUUGGAACCUAUAUUCACUUUUAGGGUUAAAAAGCAAAGAAGUAGCUACGUAUCAUUAGAAAAGUAAAAAGUAAAGCCAUAGAUAUGAUUCAUACUUCUGUGAAAAGAUUUUCAUUAUAUCUAAAUGAAAACACUCAAAAGAUAGCUGACUGUUGUCUUCAGCAGCUUUUUUAUGUUUUCAGCUUAGAUUCACUAUCUUGCAGCUUUCUCUUUAUCCUAUUUUUGUUUGUUUGUUGUAUUUAUACAUGAUAUUUUCAUCUACUACUCUCUUAGACUUAAAAUGCUUAUAAAACACUAAGAUCAUCUCCAAUAGCUUACUCUAUUUUUUAUUUUAAAAUAGAUUAACUCUAAAAUAGAGUUUGAAUUUGCUCCAAUGGUACUCUAUUUUAGAGUAGAAAAUAGAAUGAUGAACAAAAAAAAAAAACAAAUUACUCUAUAUUUGGAGUAAACCUAUUUUUCACUCUAUUAUAGAGUAAAAAAUAGAGUACCAUUGGAGCAUUUCUUAAUCUAAACUAUAUUUUAGAGUAAAAAAUAGAGUGGAGUUGAAAAUGCUCUAAACGGGUUACUUUAAAAAAAAAACUAAACGGGUACGCCACAAAUAUUCAUUAUGUGGAUUUGUUUCUAUUUUUUCUAGAUAUAUUCAGAUAUCUGAUUAUUUAAUUGCUAGAAUUUAAAACAUGUUAAUACUCUAGACUUUUAAGCUGUUAAGACCAUCUCCAUCCCACUCCAUAAUUUACUCCAAAAAUAAAGUGAAAAUGGAGUGUGAAUAAAAAAAAUUGUUUCAUAAAUAGAGUAAAUUUUUAUUUUUGUUUAUUAUUUUUGGUGUAAAUUAUAGAGCGUGGAUAGAGAUAGUCUGAGUGUUUAUAUUUUUUAAAACGGUACUAUUAACUGUUUUAAUGGACCUAGUAACUGGGCCUUUUUAGGAAUAGAGUUAUUUAGUAUUGGACUUUGACAACACAGAUGCAUUCUAUACGCAAGUAAAAGUAAAACCAAAUUUCCCAAAAUAAAACCAUCUUUAUUCCGGCCUGCCAAAUAAAAUGUAGUAUGUCCUUUAAUGAUGAUGAUAUACAA